AUGGCUCUAAGGAAGCAAUUACCCACCUACCCUGACAUCCAAGGUCAAGUAGCAUUGAUUAUGGGAGCCGGACAGGCCGGAGAUCCGAGUUCAAAGUUUUGGGGCAAUGGAGCAGCAAUUGCCAGCACUCUAGGUGCCUCGGGAGCGAAAGUGAUUGCCUGUGAUGUGAACCUUGACGCAGCACGUCAGACGGCAGCUCGAAUUCAAGCAGAAGGGGGAGUUUGCGAAGCGCUCCACGCCGAUGCGACAAGCCAGACGGACGUUCAGCGCACAGUUGAUCAAGUGAUGAAGAAACAUGGCCGAAUUGAUAUUCUUGUGAACAACGUCGGCGGCACGCAGACGGGAGAUCCGGCUACCAUGUCCGAGGAAGCUUGGGAUGCACAGAUACGCCUGAAUCUCAACUCUGUUUUCCUCGGAUGCAAGGCAGUUUUACCCAUCAUGAAAAAGCAGGGAUCUGGAUCUGUGAUCAACAAUGCUUCCAUUGCUGGAAUGAAAUAUCUGGGUAAACCACAAAUAGCAUACGCAUCUGCCAAGGCAGCUGUCAUACAUUUCUCGAAAAUCACAGGCAUCAUUUAUGCAGAAAAGGGCAUUCGGGUGAAUUCAGUUUCCCCCGGCAUGAUAUAUACACCGUUUCUGGAAAUGUUGGGCCACAGCAACUCUGCGGAAGACCGUGAAGUUUAUAAAAAAAUAACAGAUCACAACGUACCUCAGGGAAGCAUGGGUGAUGCAUUUGAUGUUUCCAAUUGUGUUGCAUUCCUUGCUAGCAAUGCCUCUCGUUAUAUCACAGGCCAGAACUUUGUUGUUGAUGGAGGACUUACAGGUUCUACAGGCACUGGUAAACGUCCGAAGUCACGGCUGUAA